GAUGUUAAGAGGACACGAGAGAAAGUAACCCGCAUGAUUCUAGCGGACUACACGCUUCUCAGAAGUUGAGAGAUAACCGAAGACAAGGACAUAUUUGUUUUUUCUCUUAUUGAGCUCCUCCUGAUGUCUGUAUUUGUAAUAACGCGGUACUGACUGACGUGGAAUAUUUGUUUAUUUUAGUGAUUGAGCACGCGCGCUUUACAUAUAAAUAUAUGACGAACUUUGGACACUACGGAUCAUUUAAAACGAUUUGAAGACUUCGUGUUAAAAGGAAUAUUUUUUCAGAGAAGUUUCAUUCAGAGGAAUACACAGCGCUUUUUAUUGGAUGACAAAUGAAGCAUCAUUGAUGCCCUCUUAGUCUAAGCAGUGUCUAUGGAACUACAUAAUCACCCAUAACUCACUAACAGUCCAAAUUUAUCCUCUCUUGAGGCAGUGUAUGACAGGAAAGUUUUACUAGACUUGCCUCAUUCAAAACGGGUGACUGAAAAUCCAGCAUGGGGGGUUCACCUCUGAAAAUAGGGAUUUUUCUUUGGUGCCAAAUGGUCAUUGCUGCAUACAGUCUAGAGAUUGGCUCAUAUGACCUGGAGAGAGGCCGACCCGCUAAAUGUGAGCCUAUUGUCAUCCCCAUGUGCCAGGACAUUGGGUAUAACCUAACCCGGAUGCCCAACUUUAUGGACCAUGACAAUCAGAGGGAGGCUGGUAUAAAACUCAAUGAAUUCACCCCUCUUGUGGAAUAUGGUUGUGAUGUGCAUUUGCGAUUUUUCCUGUGCUCGCUCUAUGUCCCUAUGUGCACAGAUCAAGUGUCCACAUCAAUCCCUGCUUGUCGUCCGAUGUGCGAACAGGCGCGCCAGAAGUGCUCACCCAUAAUGGAGAAGUUUAACUAUGCCUGGCCCGAUUCUUUGGACUGCUCUAAACUGCCCACCAGGAAUGACCCCAAUGCGCUGUGCAUGGAAGCCCCGGAAAAUGAUACCAAAACUGAGACUAAGAAAGGAGAGGGCAUGCUGCCUGUGCCACCCCGACCCAGGCAGCCUGGCGCUGGAAACGGGCGCUCAGGGGGCAGCAUGGGUGUUUGUGACAACCCGGAAAAGUUCCAGUAUGUGGGAAAGAGUGAGACAUGUGCUCCACGCUGCUCGUCCUCUGUGGACGUGUUUUGGUCCAGACAGGAUAAGGACUUUGCAUUCAUUUGGAUGGCGGUUUGGUCGACUUUGUGUUUUGUGUCCACAGCUUUCACCGUCCUCACCUUUCUCCUUGACCCGCAUCGCUUCCAGUAUCCAGAGCGGCCUAUCAUCUUCCUUUCCAUGUGCUACAACGUUUACUCAGUAGCCUUCAUCAUUCGGUCCGUCGCUGGGGCGGAGAACAUUGCGUGUGACCGUGAAAAUGGGGAGUUGUACAUCAUUCAAGAGGGCCUGGAGAGUACAGGUUGUACCAUAGUCUUCCUCAUCCUCUACUACUUUGGCAUGGCCAGUUCCAUCUGGUGGGUCAUCGUAACCCUCACAUGGUUCUUGGCAGCAGGUAAGAAGUGGGGUCACGAGGCUAUUGAGUCACAUAGCAGUUACUUCCACAUGGCUGCCUGGGGCAUACCUGCAUUGAAGACCAUAGUCAUCCUCACCAUGCGGAAAGUUGCAGGCGAUGAGCUCACCGGACUGUGCUAUGUGGGUAGUAUGGAUGCGGGGGCGCUAACAGGCUUCGUCCUUGUGCCGUUGUCCUGUUACCUCGUCAUCGGAACGUCGUUCAUUCUGACCGGCUUCGUGGCUCUCUUCCACAUCAGAAAGGUGAUGAAGACCGAAGGCACCAACACGGAAAAACUGGAGAAGCUGAUGGUGAAAAUCGGCAUCUACUCCAUUCUCUACACGGUCCCCGCCACUUGCGUCAUCGUAUGCUACUUCUACGAGCGGCUCAACAUGGAUUACUGGAAAUUCCGAGGACUGCAGAGCAAGUGCACCACGUUUCCCGGCCGUAGGAAUGAGGACUGCUCCCUGGAGUCUUCGGUGCCCACGGUGGCCGUGUUCAUGUUGAAGAUCUUCAUGUCGCUGGUGGUGGGCAUCACCAGUGGGGUGUGGGUCUGGAGCUCCAAGACAUUGCAGACUUGGCAGGGUCUGUGUAGCAGGAAGUUGGCAGAUAGGACUUGCAGAAAACACUGCAGUGGGAGUUGCAGCACCAGUCACUGCCACUACAAAGCACCUGCCGUCAUACUCCACAUGUCAAAGACGGAUCCCUACUCAGACAACCCCACGCGUGUAUGAGCGCAGGUCUGCACACAUGAGACUGUGGCCUCAUCUGUGAUGCACUGUAUAGAGGCAGAAUCCGGGACUUGCUCUGUGAAUUGGACUUUAUGAAAGGCAGUUUGCGUGCUUUGAAGCCAUGGAAAUUAAAACAAACUUAAAAGUACUACUCAGUGUUUAAUACAAGUUAAGCUCAAUUAUGGCAUAUUGUUUUCCACAACAACAAAAUCUUCUCUCUCUCUCUCUCUCUCUCUCUCUCUCUCUCUCAUAUAUAUAUAUAUAUAUAUAUAUAUAUAUAUAUAUAUAUAUAUAUGCAGAUGGGUUACAUUGAAACACUUACAAUAGAAGUGAAUGGGGCCAGUCCAUAAACGCUAAAAUACACCUUGUAUUUACAUCUUGUGGCUAUACUUUUGAAACAUUGUGUAUUUUAGCGUUUAUGGACUGGCCCCAUUCACUUCUAUUGUAAGUGUCUUAGUGUAACUGAUUUUCUUUUUUUAAAUAAAUGAGGGGUGGAUCGAACGUAUUUUUUGUGGUAAUCAACAUUAUGCCAGAAUUGCUUUUGAUUGAGCUUAACUUGUAUUGAACCUGGGAAUAUUCCUUUAAAACCCAACAUAGCAGCUUCUCAGUAAACUAUGGAUUGAUUAUCAGUACUUAAAGGGAAAUUUUUAUCAUUGCUUGCUGUCAAAAAGCAAAAAUUGAGAAGUGUCCACAGAUAUGCAUGUGGUAAUCGGUUAUAAAUGAUCUGCAAAAUGCAGCAUCUCCUUUCUGAAUCAUACAUAUUUCGUGUGGAAGUACAUGUUAAAUGUUUCAGGACUUCUAUUUAUAUAUGUUAAAUAUUUCAGGACUUCUAUUUAUUGUAUAUAUAGUAUAUAUAUAUAUAUAAUUUUGUUUGGUUUCUCACAA